AUGACGUCGUUACAAUCCUCAACGUUUUAUGAUACGAAUAACAAUAACCAUCAAUCAAACUCAAAUCAACAACAGCAACAAGAAGUAACGGUACAACGUGUUCCUCAACUACCUCAUCAAACACAACCUAAUUUUUAUCAUCAAUCGAUAGACAAUUCACCCACUUCAAGUACUACGUCUUCAUAUUUUGACAACUUGGAAUAUCAACAACGUCAACAACAAAAUAAUAACAAUAUACCUUCACAAUUCGAUCCACAACAGCAAACUCAUCAGAUAAAUAUAAAUCAACAAGACACUGAAUCUCAUUUGCAAAACGAACCAACUAAUAUUAAUCAUCUUCAUCAACAACAACCUCAUGAAGUAGAUGGACAAUUGACUGCCACACCUCAAUAUCAACAACAUGAUGGAAUACUAGACCAACAACAACAACAGCAGCAACAACAGCCACAAUUAGAUGAUCAACUAAACUCUAUUAAUGGCACGGACCAAGCAACAGCAACAGAUCCUGCAGGACCGGUAGAGCAACCCUUUUACGUGAAUGCUAAACAAUAUCAUCGAAUAUUAAAAAGAAGAAUAGCAAGAGCAAAACUUGAAGAAAAUUUAAAAAUUGCAAGAAUUAGAAAACCUUAUUUACAUGAAUCAAGACAUAAACAUGCAAUGAGAAGACCAAGAGGUCAAGGUGGUAGAUUUUUAACUGCUAGUGAAAUUGCUGAAUUAGAAAAGAAAAAUAAAGAAGAAGAAGUAGCUAAAAAAUUAAAUGGAAAUGGAAAUGAAAAUGAAAAUGAAUCUAAAGUGGGGACGAGUAAUGAUGAUAAAAAUGAAAGUAAUGUUGAUAAUAGUAAUACGGAGAAUGUCAAUGUUGUUAAUGGAAUAAGUGAAGUGACAAAUGAAGAAGAAGUUAAAAACGGAGAAGUAAUCAAUGGGAAUUCAAUUGAACAAUCGAAUGAUCAACAAUCAAUAAAUUUAAAUAAAUUUGAUUUGCCGGAGAUAAUUCCUGUAGAGCAAAGUUCUAAAUCUGAAGCUGAAACAUGA